AUGUUGCUGGAGUGCUACAAUCAAGCUGUUCCGCAUGGAAUACUUGUAAAUGUCGAGGCUGGAUUUGAAGAUGUGCUAACGUUGGGUAGAUUUGUCGAGAAACUUCCAAGUGUUGUUGGCUACCAGCAGGUACGUUUUGACGAUGACAAUUUAUCGGCAUUUAUGCCUCAUGUGGUUCGGAAUACGAGGAUGAAAUUGACGAGGGAACCGAUGACGCAACAUGGAUCCAAACCUAUGAAUCGGGAUCGUCCAAUCUUGAUGUUUGUCGAAGACACGAACCACCCUCUCACCUUUUUCUUCCCUGGCGACGGUGCCGCAUAUUUCGAGAUCACCCAUACGCCAAGCGACACCCAGUAUCGAUUUGCCUAUAUUGCGGGUGUGAAUCGCAUGUAUGAAGCACAUCCGGAAGACUUCGACCGCCCAGGAAAGAACAGAUACACCUAUCUCAUGCAUAAUAGCCCGCCCAACCCAAACGAUGUUCCACGUGUGUUUGAGCUGCGAAGACGCGUGGUGGUUUCUGGCCCGUUUGUGAAUCUCGCCGAGGUCGAUGUGUCGUCAAAGAAU